AUCAGUGUGUAGUUGUAUAUUUGGACGCUUUGCAAAUCUUCUUAAGAUCCUCUUCGUUGAUUUAAAGCUUGACCUCCUCCUGUAAAGAAAACGUGACAAUUAAUUGUUAUUAUGACCUCUCCAACCAGAGAAAUUUCCCGGAAAUCGUCUGUUGCGCGUUCGUACUCAAGUGAACUGGGCACUGUUCUGGAGGAAGAGGCGGAUGACGAAACGGACCAAACUUCUGCGAUAAAUCGUUCGAUUAAUGAGCAGCAGGCCCAAAACGACACUUCCUCUAGUUUUGACGGGAGCGAAGCCAUGGCAAGCUUGCAAUCGAGUCCAAGUCAACGAGAAAUCAUGAAGACGAAGAUCAAAUAUCACUACAUGAAUCCUAUUCAAAAAUUUCGGGCCAGACGGAGAAAGCCAUGGAAGUUGGUCGUUCAGAUCGUGAAAGUCUUGCUUGUUACCAUCCAGAUAUGUUUAUUUGGACUGGAUCGUUUUUCUUUGGUUACAUUCCUGGAGCAUAACCACAUUGCUUUGCGACACCUGUUUCUAAAAAACUAUCAGGGAAAACAGCAAGAUGUUAUUGUGUACACAAGGAAAGAACUUUAUGAUUAUCUUCACUACGCUCAUGAACAGUAUUAUCAGAUCACCACAGCCCCACUUGGAACAUAUAACUACACACAUAUGAAUGGCACUGAACCUCCAAAAGUACAACUAUGUUACAGCUACUACAAAAAUGGAGGAAUUGAAAACAACAGAUAUGUUUUCAAUCCCAACAUAACAAAUGUGUGCUUUUAUCUGGGACGUCCUAUAAACCAUGAGCACAUUAUUACAAACAAGUCCUUCAAUCUGGGAAGGUUACGUCACAUCAGCUUGAAAUUUUCCUUGAGGACAGUGAAUUUGAAGAAUGUCAAAGCCUGGGAUAAGCCAGCCUGUUAUCAACUGAGUGUAAUGAUUACAUUUGAUAAUGUGAAGUAUGAUGGAAGAAUGCCAGUUGACCUUGAUAUGAACAACACUUGGUUGCGGUGCCGCCAUGGAAAAAUAAAGGGCCAGAACCUCUUAAGAACCCACUUCAUCACUACUACAUUGGUGAUGUUUGAUGUCAUUGUUAUCUCCUUCUGCGCUCUAUCUCUUAUGCUAUGCACAAGAUCAAUUUACAAAUCUCUUAAGUUGGCCAAGGAGGCUGCCAGCUUUUUCAAGAGUGAUCUUCAUGAAGACUUCACCUUCUCCGAUUACCAGGAGUUUGUCAGUCUAUGGUUUAUUGUUAUCAUGUCUAGCGAUGUCCUCACAAUUGUUGGCUCAGUAUACAAAAUGGUCAUUGAUCAAAAGGAUAGUGAUUUCUAUAAUGUCAGCAGUAUAUUUCUGGGAACGGCAGUUCUUUUGGUCUGGAUUGGUCUUCUUCGAUUCCUUGGCUACUCAAAGAAAUACAACAUUCUUUUAGAGACUCUGAAGGCGGCGACUCCAAGUAUGGCCAGAUUCUUCAUAUGUGUGAUUCUGAUAUUUGCUGGUUUUAUGUUUUGCGGCUGGAUUGCCUUUGGUCCUUUCCAUCCUAAGUUUAAGUCGCUCGUCAUAACUGCAGAGUGUUUAUAUUCAAUGAUCAAUGGAGAUGAUCUUUAUAAUACUUAUGCGGAGAUAUCAAGAUCCACUAGCCCUUUCAGUGUGUGGAUAUUCAGCAAGAUCUACAUCUACACCUUCAUCACGCUCUUCAUUUAUGUGGUGUUGAGUUUAUUCAUUGGUAUCAUUGGGGAUACAUAUGAGAGACUAAAGGAUAUGGGGCAUCUGCCAGAAACGAAGAUCCAAAAGUUUCUACAUGAACCAGCAAACGUUGGCAGAUCAGUUCAUAGUGGCCAAGAUUACACAACAGAUACGACGCCUACAACAGAAGCCAUGGCCGCUCCCCCGAAAAGGGAAGGAACGAGUCGUUAUGGGAGCACUUGUUCAACCAGUACAGUGGAUGCUUUCAUAAGGAAUUUCUCCCUAGAUUCAACGGGAGUUGAGUGAAUAAUUCAACUAGUCCUGCAACGAAAUAUCGUCAACUUAAAAACUUACUGCGUCGA